UUAUCAUUUAAUUGGUUAAGUGAUGAUUAGAAGGCAUAUUGAUAUUGGAUUAUAUUAAUCUAAGAAGGAUUAUUAAGGAAAAGUUUCAUGUGGAAUGGUUAGAAUCUAAUGACAUAGUUAGAAUAUGACUACAUGGCAUUGUUGUAAAUAUGAACAAGUUGCAGGAUAUAAUGGACCUUGAUCUCUAUUGCAUGAUCAUAAGGGCAUGUUUGGAGGGUUAGUGUUUCUAAGUCAGAUUUUUACAACUAAAGUGGAGAGAGUUUAGAAGAGAAGCUCAUGGAUGUCACCUUCAAGACUCAUUUUCGUACACAAUGGACAGCUUCCACUAAAACAGGUAUAACUCUCAACUCGUAACUCCGAUCGUAACGAUUCCGGUCCCAUUGGAAAGCUAACGAAUUUCUCUUCGAUUUGCACCUAUGGUUCGCAUUUAUAGCUUCUGUUUCGAAGGAGAAAUCUGACCUUGAAGUUGUGUCAGUGAUGCUGAAAGUGGUACAAGAGUGGAUACGGGUUUGAUGAAGAUGAAGUGGAACUUUGUCUAUGGUGGGAGUGCAAUGGCAGCAAAGAACAUGAUCUCAACCUCCAUUUUAGCAAGGUGCGGUUUAGUAGCGUUUGACAGGUAACAGGUUUGGAAUGAAGACAACGAAGUGGUGAUGGCUCGGAGACCUCGUCAGAUCUCAUCUUUCCGCUGUGCAGAUCCAUGAAGACACAUGUUUUGUAAUUGUUAAUAUGAUUCCAUGUUGUAUUCAUAUGGAUCAUCUUGUAUCUUAGCUUUUGUAUGUACUCAAUAUCAAUUUUAACGUUUCAUGCAUAAUAUACUAGUCAGUUAUGUAUGGGGUGUUACAGUUGGUAUCAGAGCAGGUCGAUUCUCGGCCGAGCCAUGAGACAUCACUAGCAAUUCUUUUUCCUCCUCUCAAGUGUGUGUUGCUAGCCUGAUUUUACUGAUAUCUCAUUCAGUCGUUGAACUUGAUCAACUCAUCGACUGAGUGUGAGACAGUAGGAUUACGGCAGAGCCGCCACGAGGACUCGAAAACCUGUAGUGUUGUGAACCCAAGUAGAAAGGAUCAGUUGGGUGGUGGAUUGUAUAUGGAAUCUGGAUUUAUCGGACGACGUAAGUAGAAGGAAUAUUGGAGUUGUCAGGAUUAAGGAGAGCGGUUGACACAAAGUAGUAAUAUCCAAAUUGUCAAGGUGUGGAUGGAGACAGCUAAAACCCCCAGGAUUUUGAUUGGACGAAGUGAAAUUCUCUAAGUCUUGGUAAUAGCAAGGGAAAUCCAAAUAGGAUUGAGUAGGAGCCGUGUAAGGGAGAUUCUCCGAAGGUGUUGAGCUGUGAAUUAGUAGGAUUCAGUACUGAUGAUGCUGUCGGUGUUGGGUGUGACUGAUGAGCUGAUAGGACAGAAUAACCUUUGGAAGUAAGGACAUAGAAGUCAGACCAUUCUCUGAUUGCGCUGGUAUGGACAGUAAUUGGAUGGAUGAAGUGUUAGAUCCUGAUCCAACUUGAAGUACCCUAAGCGAGAGUAGUUACCUAGUAGAUGUUGGUGGAAUGUAUGGGUGUGGUAGCUUAAGAUUGGCGAAGCUUGAAUACCUUGUCGGGGAAGAGGGCAUGCAUUUCCAUUCUCAUCAUUUUAUAUUUAAGUUCUAGAACUACGCUAGAUGGAAUAUGAAAUGAUGUAGAAGCGUGAAAUGCAGUGACCUAAGCUCUUGUUAGUUGUUGUUUGUCUGACCCUGAGUGAAGCCAUAGAACUACGCUUGGCGUUGGGCGUUCAGGCGAGUAGGAACUAAGAUCUAUCUGGAACAUCAGUAGGAUGAUCGCAGUUGAGCCGAAUGUUAGGAACUAUGAUAUUCCUAUCUGGACUGAAUUAUCCUUGGAAUCUCAUGCAUGCGUGGGAAGAGAGGGUACGCGUCCUGCAUGGUAAUCCGAAGUUGAACUUCAAUCUUCGUGCUUGGCGUUUUGGCUUUCCGAGUAAGUAACCUUGGUGUGUAGCACUCUCAGUUUUUAGCAUCCUGGGGAGUGUGAUUCGAAGGACUUUAGGAACGAUGAGCCUAUUGGAAGCCUGUUCAGACACUUGUCGGUUGUGAUAAUAGGAUACUCGUGUGGGUCAUUAUACGCCACUGAGGUAGUUUACCUGGAUACAUUGCCUCGGAGUUAGACCACCAUGUUGGUACUACCAGACGGGUAUAAUGCCACAGUAUCGCUAUCGUGCACAAAGAUGCGUGAGCCAUCUUUUUCUGACAUGUGUGGGACAAAGGUGAUCUGAAGCUUAAGGUAGAAUUCUGAUUUGGCACUCAUGAGACACAUAUCCAGACUCUCAUAACGUAUGUGGGAUGAGGAUCCAUACGUCACGCUCGAUAGUAGAAGAAUAACUAGACAGGCGAUGGUGUGAUGGAUCAAGAUCCAAUACUAUACUUAUGGAGACUCUGAGUGAUCGUGAUCGCAUGAGUUAGUAUCUGAUUGUACCUUAGGGAUGUUCUCGUUUCGUGGAGUGUUAAGUUGGCAUUUUUCCAUGAGUGUCUAGAGUGGAACUUAUGUGCGGCCAUGAUAUCCUGGUCAGCAUAGUGAAUGGCUAUCAUGUACCAUUAGCGACCGGUGAUGGAAUAUGCGAAUUGUGUCCUGGACUAGUUCGAUGUGUGAUGUGUCUGGUAAAGUAUUGCUAGAUACUCUGAAUGGAGAAGUGUUAAUCUUGGUAAGGCAUGGACAUUUUGGUUUGAGAACUGCUAAGGAGUUUAUAAAAGAGACGUUCGAAGUGCAAAGUGCAAUUUCUUGCAUUGUGGCUACACUCAGACCGUUGGAAGCACUGCAAUGAAGGAUGCAGCCACUGAGGAAGGCAGUUCAGUGUCUGAUUCAGAGGUGGAACAUACGUUAGAUGACUGUGUGAAUGGAGUGUGGCUAUGGGAGGAUCGUCAUAUCAGUAAGUCGCACGAGUUAUCAGAGGCGAUACUACGCUAAGAGAAUGAAGGUGUACGGUUGGGGUAGAAGUUGUGUAAAACUGCUAGAGUUAUCAUGAACUGCAAUAUGUCGUGAAGGAUUCGAUAUACCGGUUGAGCAACAAGAUUUGUAGGAAUGAUAGACAUAGCAGUUAUACACUAUGGGAAUCAGUGACAAGGACGAACCUCUAAGUCUGUGAGUGUUUGGGUUUCUAUGUCCUGAGGAUGAAAUAUGUACCUAAGUUGUGGUAGAUAAACUGUAGGGAAUGGCAGAGUAAGUAGAAGCUUGAUUCUUGAGAGUAUGCAACUCUGACGAGUAGUAGUUGAUGAUGGACGUAUAUGGAGACCUGGAACGUGUUGUAAUUGGACAACUGUGGAUAAGGAAUUAUUGUGUAUUAAAGGAAACUAAGUGAAUUAUGGAUAUAACGUGACUCCGAGGAUUUCAAGGUGUGUGACUUGUUGGAAUCAGAGUAGCGCAACGGAUCAAGGAAGAAUCAGAUAAGUCUGAGGUAAGACUGAACGGACUAUUCGUAGGAUUUUAUGUUGGGAUUAAAGUAUCUUCCUAAGGGGAAAUUUUUGAAGCGACGUUUUGUUCAUUCCAGUCUCUCAAGGAUUACUAUAAACUCAUGAGGUGUUGUCAAUGAACCAGCUUGGGAAUAUACUUCGUGGAUGACAUGUGGUCCAAUGUUAGUAGAUCAUCAGUUGAGCUUGUAAGCAACAAGGGUUUGAUAUAGUAUCGUGACCGCUGGAAUACUGAAGGCUAGUAAGGACAUUCAGUUGGCACAAGUUCUUUAUGGUUAAGCCUUGUGCACUAUGAUCAUGCAGGAAGACUUGGACAAUGGUUACAGGUCAGCUGUGGAAUUUCACUUCUCAUCAGUAGAAUCUUGUGUGAAGUUGAUAGAUGUCAAGGCUAUAGUUGCAAGAUGUUACAACUUCGUGGUUUGCGGUGACAGUUGUUAUGUCUAAACUGGAGUAAGGGUUAAAGUAAGAAGAAUCAGUUGUAUAAGUAAAGGUAAACUUGGGACAACCAUCCUAACACCUUGGAAACCAGAAGUUAGGACCAAGAAAAUUGGCUAAUGCCUAACAUCAUCGUAUGGACUUCUGUGGAGAAUAAUUUGGAGUGCCGUCAUAGAAAGGAAUAUUGUGGCAAGAAUGCUUGGAUGGGAAGUAAUUCAAGGAGCCUGAGUGAAUCAGUAAGUUUGUUGGACAAGAGUGAGCACAACAGAGUUUGUAUAGCAGAUAUCCAACAUGAGUGGAUUAUCAGAGUUUUUGAAGUUUUGGAGAUUCAGUGCAGAGUAGUGAAAGUCAAGGACCCUGGAAGAAUCUUUUCUUAGGUAUGUCAAGACGAAGUAUCUGAAGAGACGUGUUACUUGAUGGUUAAGGUUUCUAAUCAUGUAUAGCGGGAUGCAAGUAUUUUGGCAGAUUACGUUUCCUCGUACCGAAUGAUCCUCAGACAGAGUAGUGAGAUUAUCUAAGGACGAAUGUGAGUAACAUCCUUUCCCCUGAUUGGAGAGAUACGAAGGGUUGGUUUUCGUGAUGAACGGAAGGAAUUCGAGGACGAAUUCUAUUUAAGGGGGGGAGAAUGUAAUACCCUGACUCUCUAAACCCAAUAAUUAUCAUUUAAUUGGUUAAGUGAUGAUUAGAAGGCAUAUUGAUAUUGGAUUAUAUUAAUCUAAGAAGGAUUAUUAAGGAAAAGUUUCAUGUGGAAUGGUUAGAAUCUAAUGACAUAGUUAGAAUAUGACUACAUGGCAUUGUUGUAAAUAUGAACAAGUUGCAGGAUAUAAUGGACCUUGAUCUCUAUUGCAUGAUCAUAAGGGCAUGUUUGGAGGGUUAGUGUUUCUAAGUCAGAUUUUUACAACUAAAGUGGAGAGAGUUUAGAAGAGAAGCUCAUGGAUGUCACCUUCAAGACUCAUUUUCGUACACAAUGGACAGCUUCCACUAAAACAGGUAUAACUCUCAACUCGUAACUCCGAUCGUAACGAUUCCGGUCCCAUUGGAAAGCUAACGAAUUUCUCUUCGAUUUGCACCUAUGGUUCGCAUUUAUAGCUUCUGUUUCGAAGGAGAAAUCUGACCUUGAAGUUGUGUCAGUGAUGCUGAAAGUGGUACAAGAGUGGAUACGGGUUUGAUGAAGAUGAAGUGGAACUUUGUCUAUGGUGGGAGUGCAAUGGCAGCAAAGAACAUGAUCUCAACCUCCAUUUUAGCAAGGUGAGUCCUUUAGAUAGAACUUGGGUAGGAUUUGGGGAAAAAUGCAUGUCAAGGGUUUAGAUUGAGAUGAACAUAUUGCAUGCUUAAUUGAAUGAUAAAAUAUGUUUCCAUGAUGAUAAUGUAUGCUUUGGGUGAUUACAAUAUGUUGGAAUUCGUUUAUGGAUUGUAUGUGAAGCUGGGCAUUAUUUGGAUAGGUUUGGCACUGGUUUAGAAGCUUUAAAAUGCAGAAUUUUGGGUUCUGCAGGUGAAGUAACCGGUUACUUGGAUGAGGUAACCGGUUACCUGGGAGCGAAAGUGAGAAAAAUGGAUUCUGGGCUGAAGUAACCGGUUACUUGAAAUGAAGUAACCCGUUACUCUGCAUGCUGAGCAGAAUUUUUAGAAUUUCGAAAAUUCAUAACUCCCACUUCGUAUAUCCGUUUGGCGCGUACCAUAUAUCGUUGGAAAGCUAGCGACGUGUACUUUCUAAUUAAAUAGGUCCCCAAACCAGAAUUAUUGAUUUAAUAAUAGUGGAGCCCCACUUAGUAAAUCAACGGAUUAGCAUGGGAACUUAUGUCUUUACCAAUUGAAUAAUAAUUCUUAUGUUAAGCAAGGCAUAGUAGUUUAUUGCUUAUUGUGAUGUGAUAUCCAUAAUUGAGAAUGUUAUGCCAUUAUGUUUUAUACAUGAAAAUCCUGCUAACACCGUCGUUUUGGUUAAACGAUCGGUAUUGAUUGUAUUGUGUGAUUGACGCUUGUUAUGCGUGUGGUAUGCUAGAAUCGAAGUAGACCCGGUACUAAGUUACGAUUCGGACCGUGGGUCCUGGAGUUGUCCGUGGGACUGCCCUGAUCAUGGAUCCCAGAGGCACAUACCUGAACUACCGUUGCAGUGUGCUUGUGAGUGCCGUACGGGGCUUUUUACUCACUUGCUGUAUACACACUCGCGUGCUCGGUAUGAUGGCGUUAUGCGGCUAAGUAAGCCUACGCAUAACAGGUAAACCAUCUCUAGUGAUGCCAUGUAGGCUACAUCAUUAGGUUCCUACCCGGAUGGGCUCAUGCGUCGAGACGGCGUGUUGCACUUGCUGUUAACACCUCGUGCGUACAGAUGGUUAAUGGGACGGUGUCGCCUCUUAGGCAAGGUCAUCUCGCAGCCAUGUAGGCUUGUGCGAACCCAUUUAAUCAUUCUUGCAGGGUGCUUGUGCAAGUCUCUUGACAAAUAGGCAUGGGUGAACCCACCGAGGGUGUGUUAGUAGCUUAGUCUAGCGGUAUUAACGUACUUCUGGAUUCCCCAUACACGGGUAUGGGUUAUGGCAUACGUGGUUGUUAUACUAUUUGUAUACUUGUGAUAUGAUGACUCCUAUGGUGGACGAAUCAUGUGUUUGCUCCGUAUUUGUACCGGAUGCGAGGAUAAACCCCGGAUCAAUGGUGGAUUCGGUUUUGUUGAUGCAUGUACCCUGUAGAACCGAGUGGACCCAUAGGAUAGGAGGACUCACUGAGAUUUAGUAAUCUCACCCCAAUCAACUUAUUUUUUUCAGGUGCGGUUUAGUAGCGUUUGACAGGUAACAGGUUUGGAAUGAAGACAACGAAGUGGUGAUGGCUCGGAGACCUCGUCAGAUCUCAUCUUUCCGCUGUGCAGAUCCAUGAAGACACAUGUUUUGUAAUUGUUAAUAUGAUUCCAUGUUGUAUUCAUAUGGAUCAUCUUGUAUCUUAGCUUUUGUAUGUACUCAAUAUCAAUUUUAACGUUUCAUGCAUAAUAUACUAGUCAGUUAUGUAUGGGGUGUUACAUAUCUUAUGCUUAUGCCGUGAGAUAUACGUAGCCCAAUCAAAUAUCAAAAUAUCAAAUAGUAAUGAACUUGCGAGUGAGAAUAUAAGAGGGGCCAAAGAGCAUGCUAGUCACACACAACAUUGUAUGCAAUUCAUUACAUCUCAAAAUAAUGAACUUCAAAUAUUCUUUACUUUAUAAUUUCUGUGGUCUGAAAAUGUGGAUGGUCAUUCUUCUUGCAAUAAGUAUUGGAAUUGAAUCUGCCACUCCAACAUCUCAACUUCAGAUGGAAGCAAAUGCCAUAUUGAAGAGUGGAUGGUGGAACACGUCUGAGGCACAAUUUAAUAUCUCAAGAUGUUGUGAUUGGCCCGAUAUAUCUUGCAAUAAGGAUGGAAGCAUAUAUGAAAUCAACAUAACAAGUAUUAGUAUUUAUGAUUUUUCCGCACUCAACCUAUCUGUUUUCCACAAUUUAGAAAGCCUUGUUUUAAGAUCAAUUGGACUGAUAGGAGUUGUUCCAAAAGAAAUUGGUCUCCUCUCCAAGCUCACUCUUCUUGAUUUGUCCUCAAAUGGUCUUGGAGGUGAGAUCCCUCCUUUACUAGGAAAUCUUACAAAACUCACUCAUCUUGAUUUGUCCUCAAAUAUUCUUGGAGGUGAGAUCCCUCCUUCAUUAGGAAAUCUCACAAAACUCACUCAUCUUUAUCUGUUCUCAAAUUCUCUUGUAGGUGAGAUCCCUCCUUCACUAGGAAAUCUCACAAAACUCACUCUUCUUGAUUUGUCUUCUAAUAAUCUAAAAGGUGAAUUGCCUCCUUCACUAGGAAAUCUCACAAAACUCACUCUUCUUUACUUGUUCUCAAAUGCUCUUGGAGGUGAGAUCCCUCCUUCACUAGGAAAUCUCACAAAACUCACUCUUCUUUACUUGUUCUCAAAUGCUCUUGGAGGUGAGAUCUCUCCUUCACUAGGAAAUCUCACAAAACUCACUCAUCUUGAUUUGUCCUCAAAUGUUCUUGGAGGUGAGAUCCCUCCUUCACUAGGAAAUCUUACAAAACUCACUCAUCUUGAUUUGUCCUCAAAUGUUCUUGGAGGUGAGAUCCCUCCUUAUCUAGGAAACCUUAGACGAUUAAUCUACUUAGAUAUCUCUAACAACAACAUUCAAGGUUUCAUUCCUCAUGAGUUGGGCUUCCUGAACAAUCUCGCAAGAUUAGAUCUAUCUUACAAUAGACUAAAUGGAAACUUGCCUCUUUCCCUUACAAAUCUCACCAAAUUAGAAUACAUUGACAUCUCUAACAAUUUUCUUAAUGGUUCUCUCCCAUCUAACUUGGGUCAAUUAUCCAAAUUGAGAGUGUUACAGCUAAGUACAAACUUCAUUUAUGGGGCCAUUCCUAUGUCAGUAACAAAUCUCUCACACUUAGAAAACCUUAACAUUUCCCACAACUUACUCUUUGGUACCCUUCCUUCCAAGUUUUUUCAAAUGGCAAGUUAUAAAACUUUCGUAAUAAACCUCAGUCACAAUUUUAUUAGUGGUGAAAUCCCAUCUCCGUAUGGAACUUUUCAACACCUUUACCUCAACAAUAACAAUUUAACUGGAUUAAUUCCGCAAUCUCUCUGUAAUGUCGGUUAUGUGGAUAUUUCCUACAAUUGUAUCAAUGAUCUCAUUCUAUCUUGUACUAACAUCUAUACGAGGAACAAGGAUGAAUGUAUCGACAUUUCUUUUAGACAAUUCCAACCUUGGUCACCUCAUAAGAGAAAUAAUAAAGAAAGGCACAGUGUUGUCAUAGGUGUUUCAAUCUUUAUUAUUCUAAUUCUAGCAUUAUCACUCCUUGUAUGCUUGAAACUUCGUCAUAGUUCUAUAAAAAACAAUCAUGGAAUUACAAUGAAAACAAAGAAUGGAGAUUUGUUUUGUAUAUUGAAUUACGACGGAAAAAUUGCAUAUGAUGACAUUAUUAAAGCAACCGAAGACUUUGAUAUAAGAUAUUGCAUUGGAACAGGAGCAUAUGGAAGUGUUUAUAAGACACAAUUACCAUGUGGUAAAGUUGUUGCCUUAAAGAAACUUCACGGAUACGAAGCAGAGAUUCCAUCUUUUGAUGAGAGUUUUAGAAACGAAGUGAAAAUAUUAUCCGAAAUAAAACAUCGACAUAUUGUGAAACUUUAUGGUUUCUGCUUGCACAAAAGAGUUAUGUUUUUGAUAUAUCAGUACAUGGAGAGAGGAAGUUUGUUUUCUAUCUUGUAUGAUGAUGCAGAAGCCAUGGAAUUCAAUUGGAGAAAGAGGGUUAGCUUUGUUAAAGGAGUCGCAUUUGGUUUGUCAUAUCUUCAUCAUGAUUGCCCAACUCCUAUAGUGCAUAGAGACGUAUCUAGUGGCAACAUCUUAGUAAACUCCGAGUGGGAGCCAAGUGUGGCUGACUUUGGAACAGCUAGACUUCUUCAAUAUGAAUCAUCCAAUCGAACGAUAGUUGCUGGAACUAUUGGAUAUAUCGCUCCAGAACUUGCCUAUACUAUGGUUGUCAAUGAAAAAUGUGAUGUAUAUAGUUUUGGUGUAGUUGCACUUGAAACUUUAGUGGGACGACACCCUGAAGAUAUUUUGUCAUUACUUCAAUCUACAUCAAUACAAGGUAUCAAAUUAUGUGAAGUAUUAGACAAACGUCUCUCACUUCCCAACAAUGACAUAGUUUUACGUGACAUAAUUCGUGUUGCCGCAAUUGCAUUUGCCUGCUUAAAUCUCAAUCCUUCUUUACGACCAACAAUGAAAAGUGUCUCGCAAAGUUUUGUCAUUGAGCUUCCACCAUUGAACAUUCCUUUGAGUGGAAUUUCGCUGCAACAACUCAUGAGUCAAGAACUUCAAGCUUUAUUUCAUAUUGUGAAUCUUUGAAAGAAAAACUUUGGAAUAAAUUAAGUUGA